AAAUCAAUCCCGUUCUUUUGGGUUUUCAGAUCAAAACCUAAGCUCUCUUCUUGCUUCUAGGGGUCUUUCUUGUUGUAAUGGCGAGAGAAAAGAUUCAGAUCAGGAAGAUCGACAACGCAACGGCAAGACAAGUGACGUUUUCGAAACGAAGAAGAGGGCUUUUCAAGAAAGCUGAAGAGCUCUCUGUUCUCUGCGACGCCGAUGUUGCUCUCAUCAUCUUCUCUUCCACUGGAAAGCUCUUCGAGUUCUGUAGCUCCAGCAUGAAGGAAGUCCUAGAGAGGCAUAACUUGCAGUCAAAGAACUUGGAGAAGCUUGAUCAGCCAUCUCUUGAGUUACAGUUGGUUGAGAACAGUGAUCACGCCCGAAUGAGUAAAGAAAUUGCGGACAAGAGCCACCGACUAAGGCAAAUGAGAGGAGAGGAACUUCAAGGACUUGAUAUUGAAGAGCUGCAACAGCUAGAGAAGGCCCUUGAAACUGGUUUGACCCGUGUGAUUGAAACGAAGAGUGACAAGAUUAUGAAUGAGAUCAGCGAACUUCAGAAAAAGGGAAUGCAAUUGAUGGAUGAGAACAAGCGGUUGAGGCAGCAAGGAACGCAACUAACGGAAGAGAACGAGCGACUUGGCAUGCAAAUAUGCAAUAAUGUGCAUGAAUACGGUGGUACCGCUGAAUCUGAGAACGCCGCUGUGUACGAGGAAGGACACUCGUCGGAGUCUAUUACUAACGCUGGAAACUCCACCGGAGCACCUGUUGACUCCGAGAGCUCCGAUACUUCCCUUAGGCUCGGGUUACCGUAUGGUGGUUAGAGAUGGGACAAUUCAAAGAAGUUGAUGAUGGAGGGAGGAGAGUAAUGUAAAUCUUUUUUUAACUCGCGCGGUAAUAACAAGAGACAAUGUCUAAAUAGUAAAAUCUUAAAUGUUUGUUGUAAGUUUCUGUUUGCAGAAGAGGCUUUCCUAUUUUAUGAUUUUCACUAUAUUUGAUAUCUCUUCACUGCAUUUCUGGUUUGUGACGUUUGUCACCAACAAACUGUAUUGACAUGGAAGGUUGGAAAAUGAAGUAUUGUAGAAUUU